GUGGAGUAGAGCUCUGCUGUAGGUGAACGCUGGAGCGGUCUGUGUACAGACCGGUCCAACCGCUUCAGAACUCACGCCCAGUGGGCCGCAGGGGUUUUCAGGGGAGCCUUAGGUCGGCGAAACAAACAUGGGCAACGCGGAGAGCGGCUGCGGCGGAGGCAGCGGCGACGAGGAAGACAUAGAAACGGAGAGUCCCGGCUUCGCGGAAGACGGUCCGGCCUCUGCGACCGCUGGCGGCGGUGUUGGAGGCGGCGGCGGCUCUGGUUGUGGCAGGAGCGGAAGGGGAUCGAAUAACCUACCCGUGCCCACUGGUGGACCACCCAGCCCCGGGGUCCUCUUGGAGCAAGUGAAACUGAGAGAAGCGGCGGCUCGUAUUAGCGACUCUGGAGUCGCCAUUCACGAGUCCGUCCUGGCCGGGAAUGAGGGUGUCCUGAUGCGGUGGCUGGAGGACCGGUUAAACCGAGGAGAAGAGUCCGUUAAUAUUGAGCAAUUUUGUGAGAUGUUAGAGAGCAGAGAUGCUCCGAGGGACGAGUGCGAAGAGGCCUUUGGUCAGUUUGAUGCGGAGGGGGAUGGAGUGGUGGACAUAGAGAGCAUGCUGGUUGCUCUGAAGAACUCCAAUGGAGCUAAUCUACAGGGAGAGCUGAGUAAUGUGAUAAGACAGCUUCAGGCCUGCUCGCUUACCCCAGGUUUUGUGGACAUAUUCUCCAAGACCAAAGACCGAUUAGGAGCACACGCCUCUAAAAUUCUAAAGUUCUUACACAGGAAUCGUAUUCCCAGCAGUGCCAUCCCUUUCCCAAUUUUAGAGGGCUACAACAGUAUCUGUACCAUGAGGUCCAGUGUGGUGCAGGACUUCUUGGAAUUCCUCUUGCAGAAGGAGAAAGAUUUGGAUAUUCAGUACAGAGCAGAGCUGGACCGUGAUCCGGAUGUAGACAUGGUCAAGGUCGUCACUCAGUGCUACAGCACAAUAGAAGCUUCGUCCAAUGUUGCUGACAUCUACAAGAUGACAAAUGGGGAAACGGCGUCUUUCUGGCAGUCUGACGGCAGCGCUCGCUCGCACUGGAUACGACUAAAAAUGAAACCGGAUGUUGUUUUGAGACGUUUGGCCAUUGCCGUGGCUUCUAAUGACCACAGCUAUAUGCCUCAGCUAGUGUCAGUUGCUGUGGGGAAGAACCGGCGUUCUUUGCAGGAGAUCAGAGACAUCCGCAUCCCGAGCAAUGUCACGGGCUAUGUAGCUCUCUUGGAGAAUGCCAACAUCACACACCCCUACAUCCAAAUCAACAUUAAGCGGUGCCUGAGUGAUGGAUGCGACACACGGAUUCACGGCUUGAAGACGCUGGGUUAUCAGAUUACCAAGAAUAAAGAGAUGUCUGUUUCGGAUGCUUCAGCCGUCUGGUACCUGUCUCUCCUCACCUCUUUGGUCACUGCGUCCAUGGAGACGAACCCUGCACUUGCCCAGACCGUCCUUCAGAGCACACAAAAAGCCUUACGUCACAUGCCGCCAUUGUCCCUUACACCGUCAUCCACAGAGUUCCCCAGGUUCUUUUCUGCGAACAUCUUGGAGGAGGUGGAUGGAUUUCUCCUCAGGAUAGCAGACUGCUGUGUGAGUCCUGAUGUAGAGCUGACCCUCCUGGCCUUCGCCCUGGCCAGAGGGAGUGUGGCAAAAGUCAUUCAGGCCCUGUCCUGCAUCAGUGAUCAUUUAGACACCAAGUACAAGGCCUCGCCUCUCAUCGUCUCUAUGGCUUCGGUCCGGCUACGACUGCUGUAUCGGAACGGGAAGCCGCUCCAGCUGCACUUACAGGCCUGUGAUGUGAAGAGCAAAGAUGAGAAAUCAGGACCAGAGAACAUGCUAACAGAGUACUCCACUGGAGAUGGUUUUCUCACAGAAGCGGGCCGUUUGAAAGCCAGCGUAAUCCUCUCGACGGAGGACCAGAGCAACUUCCAGGUCACUCAGAUAAAGAUCAAAGUGCGGAAAGGAGCCAUUGGACCGAAAUGUGGUUUAGUGUUUGCGUAUAAGGAGGACGACCCUUUCGAUGCAGAGAAACACUUCAAAAGGUUUAAAAAGUAUCACUCCUGGGACUACAAGGACUUCAAAGAGUUUGUACAAAGCAGCACCAGGACUCCAGCGCAGAGUGAAGACGAGCCGAUUGGCUGGUUUGAGCUGGAGGACGACUGGAAUGAUGUGGAGAUCAAGCUGCAGCAGUGUCGUGUUGCCAAGUUCCUGAUGGUGAAAUUCCUGUGCACCAGGCAGGACAACGCCGAGCGCCUUGGUGUGCAGUCCCUCAGCUUCAGUGGCUACUUGUGCCCUGGGACAGAGAGGCUCGCAGACCUGGAUGACCUCAGUCCGAAAGGAGAGAGCUUUGACGGUGAUGCUGUUACCGGCCUUUGCCUGCUAAACAAGACGCUCUUCUUCAUACAGCAGCUCACACGAGACAUGGAUGCCUCUCACUGCAAGCAGAAGUAUCUGUUGGAAUUCAGUGGCCUCAGCCUGAGCCUCUUCUGGAGCUUCUACAGCAAACUCAGGGAGAUUGAGGGCGAGGAGGUGACGAAGAGCAGAGUUCUCCUCCUCCAGCUGAUGCAGAACUGUUUCCCCAUGCUGCCCACCCCCCGGGAGUCCCGGGGCAAAGAGGAGAGCAAAGUACCAGAUGAAGCUGGCGCAGCAGCUCGUCCAUCCAUGUCCAGCAGCAGAGAUGAUCUCAGUGACUCUAUGAGGGCUGUGUGGGAGCUCUACACUCACCUCUGUCACAUUGUGGACAGUCCGGAAGGUGAGACAUCCGUGGAAAAGGCUUUGCACACAGAAGCGGUGAAGGCCGUUCUUCAUGGAGCGGCUGUUUUCUUCCCUGAUAAACGUGUCAGGCGAGACAAACUCUUUCACAUGAUGAAGAACAUUACAGAGGAGGAUCAGCCAGAGUCGGUGAAGGUUACCUUUGAAUCCCUUUGUAAUUACUUCAGCGAUCAGGAUCCAAGUGGCCUUCUGCUGCUCCCUCCUAAAGGAGCUCCCUCAGACUUUGACAUCAGCCCAAUACUCUCAGUCAUGGAGACGCUGCUCCUGGUUGCCACCAGAGAGUGUGAGGUCAUGAUGGUGGAUGAGAAUAGCGGCGCCAGCAGAUCGGUCCUGCUGUCGUUGUUCUGGGCUCUGCAGGGCAGUCUGCUCUCCUGGUGCUACCUGCAGCUCAAAGGAGGAGCGUCCACGGCCAUUGCAAUGGAGCUGGCCAGAGACAUCCUGCUGAAAUAUGUGGAUCAGUUCUUGGAAAGUGUCAAGUCGAUCCUUGGCUCACUCUUGGAGAGGUACACUGGAGCUCAGAUUACUGCAAAAUUAGGCAGCUCUAUCAUAGCCACAGUCUUCAGACAACUGAUGAUCUUCCUCUUGGAGCUGUGCCCUUUGGACAUCCCCCACAGCCUGCUGCUGAAAAGCUUCUCCUCGCUCGUUGAGCUGCUCAGAAGCCUGUCAAGCGACACCGGAGACAUCUUUUCUAAGGUGGAUCAAGAGAACUGGCACCAACCCCAGCAGCCGGUGGUGCUAAGGACCUGGAACAUGGAGUCCCCGCACAACUACGAGAACAGCCGCCACGAGACGAGCAUCUUCGCCUGCCCCGGUGCGACGUCGUUCGAGGUGGAGUUUGAUGAACGUUGUGAAACAGAGAAGAGAUACGACUACUUAGAAUUCACAGAUUCCAGAGGGGGAAAGGUCCGCUACGACAUGAAGGUCGGAACUGAGAAGUGGCCAAAGAAAGUGACCUUUGACACCGGUCCCCAGCUGCAGUUCCUCUUCCACUCUGACAGCAGCAACAACGAGUGGGGCUAUAAGUUCACUGUAACAGCGCUGGGUUUACCAGACAUCACCAUUUCUUGGAUGUCAGAUCUGCAGCUGCUGGUGGCUCGUCUGAUGGGUCGCCUUGCAUCCAGAACGCUGGCGUUGAAAUCUCCGCACGAGGUUCGCAGUGUAAAGGAACUUCCAUCAGGGAAAAUGUCCCAUGUUCAGUCUUCACCUUUAUGGAAACCCAUCCUGAGACAUGGGCUGUGUGACAAAAGGGAGGCGAACCGAACAAAAACAAUCACAGAGCAGGCGAGCACGUGGACUCUGGAUGAGCCGACGGGCUUCCUGGAGGACUUUGCUCGCUGGAACCCUUCACAGGAGCUAACAGACGCUAGAACAGAGCUGAUGAGGACCCUCAUGCAGGCUUGCAGGAAACAGGCGAUGAGGAACGAGAUCACCGCUGGGUCAAAGAUAGACCAAGCUGUGAAUGCCAUUUGGGCAGCCAUGGUGUACCACACACCGGCCCUCAACCUCGCACUUCUUAGCUAUGUAGUUAAUCCGGACUGUAAAUCCAGUCUGAGUGAAGAGUUCGUGCAGGUGUAUUCACUAGCAGACAGCAUCAGAACGUGGAUGCUGGAGAUGAAGCAGAGAUAUCUGGUUGGCAAGAUGAACCAUCAUGACGAGCGGGAAGGUGGUCCUGAUGAGGUUACCAUGGAGACACUGGCUGAGAUGUGCAUCGAGAAGAGCCUCUUGUUGUUCCGAUUUGCUCCUUGCGGCGUUCCAUGCCAAGGCAGCGACGCUUCCAGAGCCACAGAGAGCAGCAGUGCUCUGCUGUUCCAAUCAAGUUCUAUUUCAGAAGGAGACUUCCAAGCCAGCUCAUCUGUGGGACCUCAGGCUGCAGGGUCUGAGGAAAGCUGCGAGUCCAGGUCUGGACAGAGUCAGUCGUCCGGUACUCACAUUCCCAACUCAUCCUCAUGUGGCCACAGCAGGCGAACCCAUCGAGACUCGACAGAGAGUCUCUCCCCCCAGCCUGGGGAGCCAGCCUCCCCCUCUGCUUACAACCGCAAAGCUCCGUUCAGUCGGGCACGCCUUCGUCUCCUGUCCUGCCGCUCUAUAGAAGAGCCUCGCAUGACUCCCUCAGUCAAAGAUCGCUACCCGAUACUCAAACACAUCCUAAACUUCAUAAAGGACCAGGCUCUCACAACAGCGAGCAUUCUGCAGACGCUGUCUCUGAACAAAGCGCAGGCCCUGAGUGUGUGCAAGGUGCUGGAGAUGGUUCAGCAGUGCUUCCACUCCAUGGGACAGCCGCACCUCUUCCAAGCCCCCUGCAUCCUGUUCCUACAGGAGCUGCUGGCAUGCCAAAAAGACUUUACCUGUUAUUUCUCUCAGCUGUCAGACAGCGGUCAAAAGCUGGGGGAGGAAGUGAGGCGCUCCUACCAUCAGCUGGUGCUCAUGCUUGUGGAGGCGGUACAGGGCUUCAGCAGCCUCAAUGAGAAAGCGUUUCUGCCGGCCCUGUCGUGUGUGCAGACCUGCUUGUUGCACCUCCUGGACAUGAACUGGGAGGCGCACGAUCUUCCUUUCUUCCUGAGCAUCAAUCUUCCUGACCUCCUCCUCAGCAUGUCUCAGGAGAACAUCAGCGUCCAUGACACUGCCAUCAGUCAGUGGACAGAGGAGGACGAGAUUGCAGACUACAAGAAGAACCAGGAGUGGAUGGAUGAGUGUAUGGACGGGAUGUUUGAGAAGUGGUAUGACAAAAUUGAUGAAGAGGAAUCGAUGGAGGACAGGAGGAAGAUGCACAUGUUCAUCGCCCGCUAUUGUGACCUGCUCAACGUCGUGAUCUCUUGCGAUGGCUGUGAGAGGAUGGCACCUUGGCACCGCUACCGAUGUCUGCAGUGCAUGGACAUGGACCUCUGCAAGACCUGCUUCCUUAGUGGUGCCAAGCCUGAAGGCCACGAGGAUGACCAUGAGAUGGUAAACAUGGAAUAUGCCUGCGAUCAUUGCCAGGGGCUUAUUGUAGGCAGCAGGAUCAACUGCAACGUGUGUGAAGACUUUGACCUGUGCUUCGGUUGUUACCACGCAAAGAAGUAUCCUGACAGCCACCUGCCCACCCAUCGGAUCACCGUGUACCCCAUGGUGACCAUACGGAUCAGCGAUCGCCACCGUCUCAUCCAGCCCUACAUCCACAACUACUCCUGGCUGCUGUUUGCUGCUUUGGCCCUGUACACGUCAGAGCUGAGCAGCGAGAAGCAAACGGAUGGAGACACCUUGGACAGCGACACUCUGAACGUGGCCAAAGCCCUGCAGACCCACUGCUCCCAGCUCAUCACUGACUGCUUGCUCAAAGGACAGACUGGCAAAGGUUUCCGUUCCUCUGCUUUGCUUGCUCUGCUGUCCACCAACGAUUCUGCUUCUGACAGCGAGCUGUGUCCAGUCUCUCCUGAGUCCUCUCAAGAGCUCAGCACAGCCACGGACACCUCCUCGCUCCCUGGUAGCACAGCAGCAAUCUGCUCUCCUUCAUCUCCUAAGCACAAGGACAAACUGUCAGAUGAGAAAAAGGCAGAGGAGGGGAGCUGUCCUCCUCCUGCUCAGCCAGAGUUGUCGCUCCCUCCGAGCAGUGGGCCGGGGGACAAAAAGAAGCUGGUCACUCAAGACACCCUAGACUCCGCCCGGCUCAGCCAGACCCCGUCAGUGUCCAGCGAAGACGCCCUCUCUCCUGUGGUCCGACGAGCAGUCAACUCGCCAACAUCUGAUGUUGUCAAGGAAACUGACGAUAGGCUGCCCCCAGUUCCCCUUCAGGGACACGUGUUCUCCGAGUGCUCAAGAGAGAGGAUCCUGGGACUGCUGGCAGCCAUGCUACCUCCAGCCAAACCAGGCUGUUCCCUGUGUCUGCCCAGUCUUAGCUCCAUGCUGCCACAGCUUUUUAAGGCAGUCAUUUCCAAUGCUGGCUCUCUGAAUGAGACCUACCACCUCACCUUAGGCCUCCUGGGUCAGCUGCUGCUCCGGAUCCCUCCGAUGGAGGCUGACGCUGCUGUGACAGAGGCUCUGGCUGACAAGUAUGAGUUGCUGAUACAAGGAGAGAUGUCCUGUUCAGACAUCCAGGGCUGGAAGACCAUACAGCUGCUUUUCAGCCUGGGCGCCGUCUGUUUAGACAGUCGCAUUGGCUUGGACUGGGCAUGCACGGUGGCAGACAUUUUGCACAGUCUCAAUGCUUGCCCCGAGUGGUGCACAAUCAUCGCCGCCUUCACUGACCAUUGCAUUCAGCAGCUGCCGCAGACUCUGAAGCGCACCAACCUCUUCACACUGCUGGUGCUCGUGGGCUUCGCCGAGGUGCUGUGCGUGGGCACCCAGACGGUGUUUAUCGACAACGCCAAUGAAAAGCACAACAUGAUCUUGCUGAAACACUUCACAGAAAAGAACCAUGCUGCGGUGGUGGACGUUAGAACACGCAAGAGGAAAACAGUGAAGGACUACCAACUCAUCCAGUCUCAGGAUUCUUGCACGGUCAGUCUACCGGGGCAGCCAGAGGGCCAAGGCUGCCCAAAGACGCUGCUCAGUUGCUACCUGGGCAAUUUCACCUCCAUUAUUAGCCACCUGUUGCAGACAAGCCAGGACAACGGCUCUUCUGAUGCCGUGGAGGCUUCCUGGGUCCUGUCUUUGGCUCUUAAAGGCCUCUAUAACAUACUCAAGAAGCACGGAGUGGAGCACGCACAUGAAGCCAUCCAGGAGUCAGGCCUGACCCAGCUGCUGGUGAGGAAGUGCAGUAAGGGGACCGGCUUCAGCAAGCUGUGGCUGCUGCGUGACCUGGAGAUCCUCUCCAUCAUGCUGUACUCCUCAAAGAGGGAGAUCCAUUCCAUGGCCCAGGACCCGGAGCGAGAGCAACGAGAGCAGGACAAGGAGCACGACUCGGACCACUCCAGCUGCUGUGCUGACGACACGGAUGUCAAUAAGCCCGACCCGCUGGAGGGUCUGGAUGAGGAGACAAAGAUUUGCUUCCAAAUCACCCACGAUGCCUUAAACGCCCCUUUGCCCAUUCUGCGAGCUAUGUAUGAGCUGCAGAUGAAGAGGACCGACUCGUUCUUCCUGGAGGUCCAGAAGAGAUUUGAUGGAGAAGAGAUAAAAACGGACGAGACGAUCCGUACGCUGGCCCAGAAGUGGCAAUCCAGCCGGCGGCCUCGGUCUGAGGAGCGGAACACCAAGGCUGUGGACACGGACAUGAUUGUGGUGUCUUGCAUGUCUAAACCGAGUCACUGUGAAAAGGCCACAGAGGAGAUCAACGUCGUAGCCCAGAAGCUCAUCACCAACUCGGAGAGCGACCUCCAGCUCAGCUAUGCCAAACAGAGACGCACCAAAAGCUCCGCUCUGCUGCACAAAGAGCUGGAUGUGCGCAGCAACCGAGCCGUUCGUCAGUACCUGGUGAAGGUCAACCAGGCCAUCGCCACGCUGUACGCUCGCCACGUGCUGGCGUCGUUGCUUGCCGACUGGCCCGCAGACGCGCCGAUGAGCGAGGAGGCCCUGGAGCUGAGCGGGGCCUCGCACAUGGCUUACAUCUUGGACAUGCUGAUGCAGCUGGAGGAGCGGCCGUCGUGGGAGAAGAUUCUUCAGAGGGUGCUGAAGGGCUGCAGCCACAGCAUGCUCUGCAGUCUCUCUCUCACUGCUUGCCAGUUCAUGGAGGAGCCUGGCAUGGCAGUGCAGGUCAGAGAGUCCAAACACCCGUACGAUAACAACACCAACUUUGAGGACAAGGUGCACAUCCCUGGCGCCAUCUACCUGUCCGUAAAAUUCGAUUCCCGCUGCUACACAGAGGAAGGCUGCGACGAGCUCAUCAUGUCCAGCAGCAGCGAUUUUGUCCAAGAUGUUCACAACUUCAGUGGGUCUCCGCAGAAGUGGUCCGAUUUUGAAAUCCCCGGUGAUACCCUGUACUACAGAUUCAUGUCAGACAUGAGCAACACAGAGUGGGGCUACAAGUUCACCGUAACGGGGGGACACAGGGGCCGUUUUCAGACAGGUUUUGAGAUACUGAAGCAAAUGCUAGCUGAUGACCAAGUGCUCAGCCAACUGCCACUAGCCGACAUCUGGGAGUGGCAAGUGGGCGUGGCCUGCCGACAGACUGGAAACCAGCGACUGAGAGCCAUUCACCUGUUGCUGCGUCUGCUGCAGUGUCAGUCCCAGACAGCCUGCACGCUGACGCUGCUGCGACCUCUGUGGCAGCUCUUCAUGUCUAUGGAGAACAGCCUGAGCCAGGAUCCCACCAGCAUCACGGUGCUGCUGCCUCUUCACAGAGCCCUCACUGAACUCUUCUUUAUCGCAGAGGCCCGUGCAAUCGCUCAGGGCGUCCUCCAGGAGUACCUGUUAGCCAUGACCACUGAUGAGCAGCUCCUCAACCACACCGCCAUGGCACUGAAGAACAUCGCUGCCAUCAGCCUGGCCAUUAAUUACCCCAAUAAAUCUACGAAGCUACUCAACAUGUCCCCGUGAGAGGACCCGAGGGAAGGAGGAGGAUAACUUGAAGGGGACACAUCCUGACUCUGCUUGUUUAACAGGCACAGAGAUCCAGAGGAGAACCUCGGUUUACCAUCUACUGCUUUUCCUCUACCAGGACCCCCUCUUACUCUUCAGACGGUAGCUCGCAGUGCAGCACUGUGGACGUGGGUGUGGAGGGGACUCGAACAGCUUUCCACACUUACAAUCCUUUUUGCCUUAGGGGACUCGGUUAUAUCAGCAUGUGCAUUCACUGAAACCGGAACAAAUGUAGGGUGUAACUGUCAUUAUUUUUGACUUGAAGAAUCUGUGCUAAAUGACAUCAAGUGUGCCAAAUUUGCAGCCUUCCAGGGGAAGUGUUAUUCCUAGUUGUCCUGCCUUUCCCCUCCCUUCUGAACAGCGGCCGCUCUGGGUUGCGUAAGCACUUGUCAGACACGGGAGAGCUGACAUUGCUGGCUUCAUCAGUCACUCCCAUAGGUGGUUUCUGCAUUAAUGUUCCUCACGCUUGCAUUUUGACACACCCACGACAGCGUUGCAUAAUAAUUCCACAUGUGCAAAAGACCUGUAGACCUGUUGUUAGUAUUGCACACAGGGAAAUGUAACCACACCUCAGUGCUGUCAUUGUCACUGAGCAGGAUGUCUCUUUCUCUCUGAGAGCGCUGCAGGGCGUGACUGAGAGACUCCGCCCCUCACAUGGAAGCAGUGAGACACAGUUGGGUCCCCCCCCCCCCUCUGUCGCCUGCUUUAAACGUACAGGAAGGUUUUACUAAUGUUACAAUUCAGCAAAAGAGGUCGUUCUGCACUAAGGGCAUCCUGUAAGAAGACACAAAGUCCUGGUGUCGUGCAGGCACGCCCUUUAAUUACACGCCACACGUUUAGACUCGACCUGCAACCUUCAGGUAAAUAUUACAGAUCUAGGAUGUUUUUGCCACUGAGACACGACGACAAGCCGUUCAGAUACAGCCGCCAGUUGAUCGUGGUGAAAACGGGUCACCUUGGCGACUUGCGUCUCCGUGGACACGAGGAGCAUCCUAAAAAUACUGUCCGGGACAUUCGAGUCUCAUUAGUCACCACAGAGAGAAAGUAAUGACCUACUAGCUAAUCCCUCUCCAUCCUUCCUUGCCUCCUCCUCCUUUACUUUUUACCCUCUGUGCUUCCUUUCUUCUUCCUCCUUUUUUUUUUUUUUUCUCAUUGAACGGUGAAAUCGACGUGUCACAAUAAAUAUGCUAAACAUGGAUCUGACCAGUGUAUAAAGGGAACGAAGGCUCGCAGGACGGGGAUGAGGACGACAGCAGAGGGAAAUCUGAGACCGUUUCACUAUUUUAUGAAAAACUAUCAUGAUGUCAAAUGUUGUUCUUGAGAAGCGCCCGAUCCCUCGAAGGCCUCGACUUUCAUCGCUGACCCUGUGACACGUUAUCAUGAAGUGAAUCUGACUGUAAAAUAGAGCUGCUGUUCAACAUCAGGUCCUCACGUUCAGUCGCUUCCUAAACGUGUCGUCUAACCCUUCGUCUCAUCGUGCGGCACGUGGCCACGUCACGCUUCGAGUCUUGCAUGUCUGAGUCCCAAUCAUUCUUGAAUAAAUGCAGUUUUGAGUUGUAGGAAGGCGUGGUAGUUUUAUACCAAAGAAACUGUCGUCGUGAACGUCUGUGAGAGAUCCUGGUGGAGGUCGUUGUCUCUCACGUAUCGCAGCUCCACCUGCGAGGCGCAGAGGAAACCUUUAGACGUCGCGUCGUCUUUUUUGUUUGUGUCUCUUUUAUUUUUUCAUCUUUUAAUUCUGAAGUGGCCCCACACGGACUGCUGGUGGUUUUGUUCACACAAACAUCAACCGCAGUUAGCAAAGGCCAAGAUGUGCCCUCCGCUGGGCUUCUACAACGCCUCACCGAUCUACUAUGUGCCUAUGGUUAAACUGAAGCAAUCAUAAUUUAACUCGUGUUACCGGAGUUCUUAUUAAUUAUAUUUUAAAAGAGAAAUAUAUUGUUUAAUUUGAGGGGUUUUUGUAACUUUUUACUUUUAACGUUGCUUUUCUUUUCACGCUGAUAUUUGAGGCUGACUAAUCUGAAUGUACAUAUCUGUGAAUAUUAAUUGCACAGGAGAAAAAAAAGCCUUUGAUAUCAACCCCUUACAAAUAAACAUUACCGGCACUAACACGGACACUCGGAUUCUGGUUUUGUAUGCAUGGCACACCGAAGGUAAAACUAAAGUCCUGCUUGGGUUGAAAUGUCAUCCAUUUCUAAUAAAAGAUAGAAAUGACUUAAA